AAACAUUCAUGGAUCUACAGUAACUCAUACCACGUUCUCCAUCAUGGGACUGGAGUCAUGGACAAUCUCUUCACCCCGGUCAUGUCGACCCGUAAAGUACAGACCAACAUUGAGAAAUUCGAGACUCUAUCCUUGAAGGACAACUCACAUGCCUCUCGGCCCCCAAGCACCAACGACAAGAUCUCUAUCAUCGAUCUCUCCUCGGAGGCCAGCGACACUCGUACCGACUCAUUUAGCCUCCGUCCAUCUACUGCCUCAUCGAAAACCUCUGUUUCAGCACAGCCUUCUCACAAACGCCAAGAUUCAACCGCUUUUCUGCACCAGUCCUAUCUCUCUGACCAUGCAUCUUCUGCCUCGCUUCCAGAUGAUGCCCGCGCUGUACUGAAGAGUCAACCCGAUCGUCAAGACUUGUUCGCGGUACUGCAGUAUCUUCAGUAUGGUAUUGAAGGAAAACAUGACUUCAAUGUCCGUGUGCCCGGGCCCCAAGCCUCUCAGAUCAUCAAUGUGCUUGUCACUGUCACCAUACCAGAUCAAUGGCUCCAAUUGAGACAAAGAUCAUUGACAAAGGAUGAGCUGCAAAUCAAGAAGACCAUCCUUUCAGCAUUGGGAAGUGUCGCAGGGAUAGGUGCACUGCUCAUGCAAAUCCGACGUCUUUCGUCAAACUUCCGCGAUGCUCAAAGUCCCCUGCUCCAAGACCUCGUCGCCAUCUUAGCCCAGGACCUCUCAGGUCACCAAGUCUUGGCACAGUACUUGUCAGAUGCCAAUCACUUCUUCAAAUCAGAUGCUCCUCGUCGGGUCUUCUGGCAAGAAGUCGUCGCCCUCCUCGCAGGCAGUAAAGUCCUGACAACCAUGGCGCAAGUCUUCACCACCGUCCAGGACCUCAAUCAAGAUUACAUGUGGUUGGGAGAUGGCUCCGAAUACUCCAAGUGGUUGUCUCUCAACAUCUCUGCUGCAGCAAUAGAGCACUCGUCAGGGACUGCAAACAGCCUUGAAUCGUCCAAGAUGCUUGGUCAGCUCCUCAAACGAGGGUUGAGCCUUGGGUACCGCGAUUCUCUGGUCUCCCAACUGUACAAUUCCUUGAUCCUUGGCAAGCGAGCCUUGUGGACGACCUUGCAUUCUCUUCUGCAAACCAUCCCGGCUUAUGACCAGAAGGCAGUGUUCGAUAUUAUCCUUCGAGAUCUUGCUCGUCGUCAUCUCCAGACCCAGAGCCAUGCAUCUGUCGAGUCACUUGAUGACGAUGCUCAGCGGAAGACAAUCCAAGGAGUGGCAGCAAUGGUUCGUGGACUUGUUGAGAGCAAUUCGGUCAUCCAAAAUCAUCUUCUGGAUUGGCUUGCUGCAUCAGAUGGAGAAAGCAUCGGUCUUAGUCUUGGACUGAGACGGGCUGUUAUUGCUACUAUAGCUCAAGACAAGGACAAACUACACCUGAUCCUUGACAAAACCUUGGAACAAUUCGGCGACAAGCUUCGAAUUCAGCAUGAUUCCAUGCUUCAACAAGAGGUCACUGCUCAGACGAUCCUACUCGCAAUCGGUUAUCUCGAUCGAUUAAACUCUGAAUCCGUCAAACGAAUCUCAAGUUCGGGGACGUUCCUGCACAUGGUUUCUCACCGCCUGUCCGCAUCGCUACCUCGUGCUCGUUUCCUAGGCAUGGUGAUUGCUACCACUGUGUCCCAGUUGGUAGACAAGCCUGAUAAAGUCAUGAAUUUUGGAUUAGAAGAGAUGGAUGAAGAGGAAGCCAAGUCUUGGUCCAGACUGGUGAAAAUCAAUGAUGUCGUGGGCAAUCUAGACGACUUGCCAAAUGCUUGUACCGUCACCACCUCAAAAAGAACCCUCCAACGAGCCUCCAACCCACCCCUGAAGAAGCGCCCAACACGAAAAACAUUGCCGCAGACUUCAAAGAUCAUAUCCAUCGAGGAGAUAUCCGAUUCUGAGGACAAACCUGUGGCUUCCGAUGAAGAAGACCCUGAUCUUCGCCCGUAUGCUCGUCCUGACAGUGACCCUGAAGAUUCCGAUGAAGAUCCAACUCUGAUCAAUCGCAACAAACCCCUUGCUCCCGUUUACAUCACGACAUUGAUCCAACAACUGAAUGUCACCGACGACCUGUCGACGAUUGAAACUGCUCUUCGAACCGCACCAUCUCUAAUUCGACGCAAAGCUAACUUUGGUGACGAACUCAGAUCCAACGUUGUGCGCCUGUCGACGUCGCUGCUCAAUCUCCAAGAAGGCAUGGGCGACAGGGAGCUCAUGCAGUUAAGAUUAGACUCGUUGAUCGCAUGUCUUGUCUCACAGCCAUCAGUGAUCGGCCCUUGGGUCAGCAACAUGUACUUUGAAGGCGACUUUUCGCUUUCCCAACGAGCUGUGCUAUUGACAACGAUUGGACUCGGUGCCAGAGAACUCGCCGGAUAUGAUGACAACAUAUCGGACUCCAACAAAGGAAGCAACACCUUAUCUAUGACAGCACAGCCAACUCCUCCAACAACCUUCCCAACGAAACGACUUCCCCCACACCUUGAAUCACGAUAUAUUGGCGAGACAUCGUCUGCAAUCUCCCAAAUCUCAUCCGACCUGUCACAUCGAGUUCUACAACCAAUGGCACUGGAAGCCGCAGACCAGCUAACAGGACCCAAUAUCCUCAAAAUCCGAACAUUCUCCUCACGGCUCCAAGUACAGAAGAAGACGGCAGCUGCAGCCGAGGCGCGGUCGAAACGAGUUCCACGAGACCUCCACAAACUACUCUCAGACAGCAUCUACCUACCGUUCUGCUCACGACUAGCAGCCGUGCUAUCAGCCGUGGCAACGACACCAUACCUGGGACACUCGACAAUUCUGCACCCGGAACUCGUCAAGCUCAGCCUUCAAACCCUGACCGUCACACUAACAACACUAGGUCCCAACGCGACGCAACUAGCAACAUUAACACGCGAAACACUAAUCGUCCUCACCUCCAUCCACACACAGACAUUUCUCGCCACCGACCCAGCCGUCCUACCAGCCAUCCUCCACCUCCUACUCGCCGUACUACAUCUCAACAUCGACGCCGGAAACACCGCUGAAGAGCGUCUAGUCACUGACUUUGGACCUGCUUUGGCCGAAUUGGUUUCGUGGGCCGCUGACCUCGGCACUCGUAUGAAUAUUCCUGCGGAGGAUUUCGCCAAGGGAGAUGGCGAUGGUGAUACUGCAACAUCCGGGUCCAUGCCUUGGCCUGUUCUCGUGGCUGCUAUUCAGGUCAAGUGGCAUGAAGUCGGGAAUCGGUUUCAGGGUCGUAUGUUUGGUUUGAUGGCGGGGACUGAGUUUUGAGGACUCUACCAGAGGGACGACAAAGCAAUUGACAAAGCAGUCUAUGUAGCGAUUAGGUUAAUCGAACCGGACUUUCAAUGUCUGGCGAUGCUGUUUGGAGAGUGAAUGGAACGAGACGAGUGUUGCAGAGGUAGAGAUGUCAUGUCAUCAGCGUCAUCAUCGUUGUAUUGGAUGUCGUCCAACAGCUUUCGUCUGGCAUACUCUUCUCUCAUCUACUCUACAAUGCUUAAGCACAUCCCUCAUAGCAUAGCAUGCGUUGUUUCUGCGUGUCUUGACAUCCCCAAU